UGUGAAUCUAGCUUGUGUAUGAAAAUAAUUAAAGAUUCCGCCCCUUAGCGCUGCAUCUCGGUUGCCUCGGUCAACUACACUUCCCAGCCCUGACAAACAGCCAAAAUGCUGUGCAGGAACUUAGGCAUACUUAACGUUACAUCAAGCCCUUGGGUAGCUUACGUUUCCAUGCAAAUGGUGCGCGGGGACUUUGCAAGCACAUAAACUCCAUGGGCGUGGGUUUGGGGUGCCAGUGAACUUAACUUACAGCGGAACAAACAUACCUUGCUGGAUUUGAUGUUCUCUACACCACUUGGCCAAGGGCCGCGACCGGGUUAUAACCUACCCGAUGCUGGCCAUCGGCGUGCAUCGCCGCUCAGCGAAAAGGAGCAGCAGCUGAUGCGAGCAGUCUCCGACCAGAUGAGCACCAAAAAGGCCAUCCGCCAGGAGGCUAUGCGCGACCAAGAUCGCGAGCGGGCUAUGCUCAAGAACGAGGCAUACCGCUCAAGCCUUGAGGCCGCCCUUCAGCAGCAGGCAGCGCUCUCUGAUGCUGAGAGGAAGCAGCAAGCUCUUGACGAGCUGCAGCGCCUGUCAGACGUCUACGAUCGUCGUGUGGGCCGUAUGGGCGAGGCACACAUGGAGGCCGUCGCGUACAUGCAGCAGCAAUGUGAGGCACGCGCCGAACAGGAACGACGUCUUGCCGAGCUUAACGAGCGCCAGACACAGCGGUUCCAUUCAGCUUUAUCUGUGGUGAAAGCCCAGAACGGUGCUGCCAAAGCGCAAGCACACGAACGCCAGCAGCUGCGCGCACAGAUUCUAAAGGCUGAGCGAGACAAGGCGCAGGCAUUUACCGCUGAAAUGGCCGAGCGAGCACAGGCGCAAAGGCGCAGACAGGACGACCUGGCGCGUCAGGAGCUGGAACGACGCAAGCGGAGUCCCAACGGCCUGGCUGUGGACUUCCGGCACACACGCUUGCACGAGGGCCUGGGCGCGCCUGGCCCCAUGGCGGUGCCCGCUGUCCCGGCGCCGCCCCUGCCGCCCCUGCCAGACCCCGUGGAGUCGGCGGAAGAACUCAGGCAAAGGCUCGCGAUGGAGAAGCGCAGGCGGGAGAAGUCAGCUGCAGAGGCGGAGCUCAGGGCACAAGAGCGCUACCAGGCUGCGCAGGCUAAACUGCGUGCUGAAGCACAGAGGGAGGCGGUGAAGGCUGAGCUUGCAGAGAUGGCAGCCCAACGGGUGCAGGCCAAGAAGCAAGCGCUAGCAGCGCACAGACUGCGACUGCAAGACCAGCGGAAGCAGCAGGAGCUAUUACGUGUAUUUGAAGAAAAUUUCCUGCCAUGCGGGGCAGCACUUGAGGACGACUUGGCUCCCAGGCCGCUGCCCUCCUUCCUGCAGCCGAGUGCUGCAGCGGCGGCGGCAGCGCCUAGCAGCGGCAGCCGACCUGCGGUGCCGCGUGAGCCAGCGCAGCGGCCCCCCGGUGCGCAUGCGGGUGCGUUGGUGGCCCCUGCAGAAGGCCCUAUGCCGCGGUGGAGUAAGAGCCGGGCGGCGCCGCUGGGACGCCGACCGCCGGCGCCGAGGCCAGUAUCGCAAGUGCCGGUACCCACACCGCCCUCAAGGGGCGAAGUCGCUGUGCAAACGGAGCCGCUAUCCCCUCGCGGCCAGACCACCGAUACAGUUAGCCAGUCGCCUGACCGCCAGCACCAGCGGCAACCGCACGCUGAGCAACAGCCUCAGCCCCAGCACCCCCGCCAACGCAUACAAGAGCCGCAACCCCAGCGCCCUCAGCAACCUGCUGCUGCACAACCCGAAGAUCUUGAAACCCGCCAUGCACGUCGCAAGGCGUGGCCCGAACAUUGUGCAGGGCCGGAGCAGCUGGCAGCGCCCGCAUCGCCUGCAGCCAUGUCCCAGACGGCGGACGCGGGCCGCGGGCGUCCUGGGUCACCGGAGGAUGUGGGAGAGCCGGAGCAUGGAGGGCAGCCACCCACGGAGGGUGCUCGGCGGCCGGAGCAGCAGGGCAGCCAGAGCCUGGCCCAGAUGCAGGACCUGCUGGAGCUCGGAGACGAUGCGGUGGACAAGUGGGGCGAGGAGGAGGUGGACCGGGAGCUUGCUCGCAUGCGUCGGGAGCUGGGACUGGAGGACGCUGACCUGCGCUCCUCUGCCAGCAGCCUCACCAGCAGCGUUAGCAUGCCUGCCGUACUGAAGGAAGCCACGGAGCGUACGGCAGCUCGGCAGUACAACCAAGCAUCUGGGGUACCUGCUGCCGUCGCAGCCACACCCGGGCGCUCUGGGCCGUCGGCACGGCCGCAUGCAGAAGGAGAAGGAGCUGGGAUGGAUGCGGUCGCCAAGGGUCGUGAAGCCUACUCACCCGCGCCACAUCGUGGAGGGCUGCAAGGAGAGCAGGGCCGGCAGAUGCGGCGCGAGGAAGCGGUCACGCCCGCCGCUGCGGGUCGGCAGGACGCCAAUGCUGGAGGAGUAGGAGUAGGAGGAGGAGGAGGAGGUGCAUCAGCCGCAGCCAGCAGCCCAGCUGACACGUUGGAUUCCUCCAUCCUGAGGAUUCUGAACACGCCAUCCGGCUCUGAAACGCCCUCCGCAACUCCGCAGUCCUUGGCUGGAGCCGCACGCCGUGCCGGCCUGUACAAGGGCCGUACGGCGGCGGCGACUGCUGCCAACAUGCGGGCCUUAUCCGCGCUUACGCCGGGAUCCAGCAGCAUGCGCUCUGAUCUAGAUCUUGAUGAGCUUCUGCUGCUAACGGAUCUGGACUGGCGGGAGCUCGAGGGCGGCCGCGGUGCUGCCGGCGUUGGCGGGACAGCAUCUGCAGCAGCUGGAGUUGGUGACGGUGGCGGGAUGGGCGGCAGCAGCCCGAGCAGCAGCAGCUUCAGCGGUGUUAGCGGGGUGUCCUUUGAAAGUUUGCGGCAACUCGUCGCUCAAGGCAUCCUACCGCCCGAAAUCAGCACGCUGCUCGCCUCCACACCCCCAACCACAACGCUGGGGUCCCUUUCCGACAUUACCGCAGCAGCAACGGGCAUCGCCCCAGUAAGCAGCCGACCUGUUGCCCCACUCCCCACUUCCAAAGCUCUAUCGCCCACAGCCUCUUCCUCCGUCUCGGGCAUCACCGCCCUGCUUGCCUCCCUCCCCGCCGGGGCACCAGGCGGCGGCGGCGGCAGCAGCAGCGCGGCGCCCUCCCUCAGCAGCUUCCCAGCAAGCAUGCUGCCCGCGCAGCACCCAUCCGCCGUACCCUUAUCCCCGACAGCCUCUACCUCCCUGUCAGGCCUCUCCGCGUUGCUUGCCUCCGCACCUGCCGGCAUGCCAGGCAGCAGCACGCUCUCCUCCCUCAGCAGCAUCCCGCCGUACAGAGCCGCACCAGGAGUUCUGCCGCCCGGCGUCAUGGCGCCGCCAGAAGCCAGCGGGCCCCCUGUCAUGCCCCCUCACCAUGCCGGCGGCAGCCUACAUGGUACAGCGCACAGGGCGGGCGCGGUGAAUGCCGCUGCUGGUGGCUUGUUCUCAAUCCCUGAGAGCCGGCCGGUGCUACGGGCGCCCGUUCCUGGUCAACCUAGUCCCUCAGCCGCUGCCGCCGCUGCUGCCGCUGCCUCCAUGGGCUCCCAGCUCACCAGCACGCCCCUCUCCAGCAGCACCUCAACCUCCUUUACAGACAUGCUGGCAACCGCUUUGGGCGCUGUGGCGCCAACGACACAGGAUGCCUCCACAGCAGCUGCGCUCCGGCCCUCACGACCUUCGUUCCUGCCCGAGCCGUUGCGUCUUACGCUAGCGGACCUCAACCGGGAGCUGCUUUCGACGGCCGCAGGCGGUCAGAGGGGAGCACCGGAGGCGCCGUCAGCGCCUGCGCCGCAGUCUGCCGGGCGGCCUGCCAGGCCAGGGCCCUUCAUCAUUACCUCCCUGGGUGCACUGCCUUCGCAACAGCCGCAGCAGCAGCAUGGUCAGCCCGGAUCGCAGCAGCAACAGCAGCAACCGAGUGGCGAUGCGUGGCUUGCAUGGAACCCCUCCGGAGUGUCAUCCAUGUCGUCCUCAUCCGUGUCCUUGCCGGCACCGCGCCAACCGCCCGGCAACGCUUCGCAGCUGCAAGGCACCUCCAACGGGCCACCUUCCGCGCCCCUUGCUGGCCGCAGCGCUGCUUCUCUAGUCGCAGCUGCCGUGGCCGCAGUAGCUGGCAGCGACACCUCUAGCAGCCUUAGCAGCUUGAGCCUAGGGGAGCUUGGUCGGCAGCUGAAUAGCGGCUCGGCUCUUAUGACAGCUGGAGGGCCCGCAGCAGCGUUGGAAGUUAUCGCGACGCCGACAACACUUAGAAGCAGGGGCUCAGAGGACGGCGGCAGCACCCAGCGGCCCUCCAUCGCUAGUACACCGCUUAGCAGCCCGUACGAAAUGUACGACAGGGAAGCGCGCAGGCUAGCGGAACUCAUGACCAGCAUCACAGCAAGCCUCAAGCAGUCCGCGGAUGCCGUAUCCCGUGCAGGAGCCCCGCCGGCGGCUGGCGGGGGCGCUGCUGCUGCUGCUGCGGCCACAGUCCGUAGCUUCUCCCCUAGCUCCUCUGAAGCGUAUAGCACCAUAUCAGCGCUAGCCACACCGCCCUCGGCGGCGCAGAGCGCUGGCCGGCAGCACGCAGGGCUUGGCCCUGUCACCGCAUUGGUUCCGGAGCAAGACACCGGGGCCACACCAACACGAGUGGCUCGAAGGAGCGGAAGUCGGGGCACUUCGGCCGCUGGGAGUGUUGUAAUAGCUGGGCCAUCCUCGGGGCCAGAAGCGCAGAACCAGCGCUUUGUUCCAGCGGCUGGCAACGUUGGUAACAGCAGCCCCCAGAGCAACGCAAGCGCGUUGCUGUCUCCACCCUCACCGUCCUCAACCUCCCUUUCAUCCUUGUUGCUGCCGACACCGCUGCGGGCGCCCGAUGACGAUGGGAGGGCCGCUGACGAACCGGCUAACGCCUCUCCGGCUUCCUCAUCCAUUGCACCCUCGGUCUCCACCUCGGUUGCACAAAGCAGCACCAUAUCCGGCCUUUCCUUCCUUGUGGCGUCUUUGCAGCAACCCCUGCCGCAGCCCCAGCCCAGCCAUUCUCACCCUCACCCUCAACUCCAGCCACCGCCGGCGCAGCAGCAGCAGCAGCCCCCAGCCGACUCGCCGCCACCGCCCGCACCACCCCCAUCGCAGCAGCAGCAGCCCAUGACCGGCGUCCCGCUAUCCCGCCUGGCGCCGCCAGCGUCCCCCUCCGCAGCCUUCCUGGCCUCACCCGCGCUCACCAUGCCAUCGCCCGCGACUCCGCCGUCUCCGAUACUCUCAGAGGGGUCCUUCCAGUCGGAGCCGCCUGCCACCCUCAGCCCCGCCGCUGUAACGCCUACGGCGCGCAUGGCGCGUGGGGGCGGCGGGGGUGGCAGCUGGGUGCAGCCAAACUCUGGGCCCAGCGAUGAUGCACCCAGCGCCGUCGCACAAGCCAUUGCUGGCUUCCUCAGACGCAGGGGCAGCGGCAGUGACAGGAGCGUGCAGGGUAUGGAUGGGCAUGUGCAACCUGGGCAACAAUGCCCGCAGCCAAGUCAGCUGCAGCCUCCGCCGCUGCCACAGCUGAAAAUUGCAGUUGAUCAGGAGGGCGGCGUUUGCGCUGCUGCCGCAGGGUAUAACGAGGACGGCCGCGGUGUUAGUGGUGGUAGCGACGGUAGCGGUGCUGUCCCAGUCAGCGCAGAGAUCCGCAAGUGCGACAGUGGUUCCAGCGCGGAUGUGUGGGCAAGCUUGACAGGCCCUACACUUGAGGAGGCACUGGCGGGGUUGAUGGGCCAGACCGACGGUACGUUUGAGGACUUGCUGCGUUCCUCCCUGGCGCUGUCUACGUCCAGCCUAACAAGCGCUCCGGAGGGGCUGGAGGAGGAGCAGCAGUCGGCGCAGCAGCUGGGAAGAAGUGGCUCGCUUCAGGAGGAUGGAGCUGCUGCUGCUGCUGCUGCAUUGCGUGGAGGUGCGCCCGUGCCUCCUUUUGUCCAUGCGGAGGAGCCCCAGACCUCGGCCGGAGCUGCAGCAGCUGAGAUGCCGGCGUCGUUGGGAGUCAGGCGAUCGGAGGAGGAGGAGGAGGAGGCUGUAGCAGGAGCGGCCUGGGCAGCAUGGCACGAGGAGGAGAGGGCGCGCAUGGCUGGCACAGCGGCAGCGGUGACGGGUGGUGGUGCUAGCAGCCAGCGGGAUGUGGGUUCUGUCCCCAACAUGGCUGAUGGUGAUGGUGAUGAGGGUGAAGGGGACUAUGCUGCUGUUGGGGACUACUACAAGCAGGACGGGGAGGAGGGGGAGGAGGAGGCAGCGGAGUGUGACCCGCAGCGGCCGCUUGCAAUGGGCGGAUACUCCUCGGGCGAGCUGCUUGCAGAGGUGGACGCCGUGCUGCUGCAGGCUAUCGCUGGCAGCACAAUCGCGGACUUACAGCCCUCACCGCAGCCAGCCAUCAACCGCGGCCAGCCAUCGCAACCCAUCACACCCCUCCAUGCAGUGUCUUCUGCAAUCUCUUUCGCCGAUGGGUCCUCCGACUGGUCGCCGGUCCCACGUGCUGCUGCUCCGCAUCCACAGCAGCAGCAGCAGCCCGCCCCUCCCCAACAACAACAGCAGCAGCAGCCACAUGAGACCCGCAUGAGCUCGACAACCCGCAGCUCGAGCGACAGCGAGGAGUUCGGAUCCAUCAUGUCGGACCUGCUGAAGGACAUCCAGCGCGGCAUCAUGGCGCUGCAGGCGGUGGACCCGCAGCUCCAGUCGCCGCGGCCAGAGCAGCCGCGAUCGCCACAGCAGCAGCUGGGAGCCAGGGCGGCGUCAGCAGCAGCGCCGCCAGCAGGGGGGUUAGGCCGCAUGGGGCCGGGCGUUGAGGAAUCCGAAUCCGCUGCGGAGUCGGCUGUGGUGUCGGGCGACUCACGUGCUGACGGCGGGGAUGCUGCUGAGGCGCUGAGCACGGAGAACUGGGAGCCGCACGUGGACUUGGGAGGCGCCGGGGGGCAGGUGGCGAUGAUGGAACCUGCAGCCGCGGCCAGGUCAGAUAUCCUGAAAGACUUUGGGCGGCUGUUGCUUGACGACAGCUCCAAAUACAGCAUCAACACCGGCGGCGGCGGGGAGGCGGCGGAAGACGUUGACGGUGACGUGGAGUGGCCGGAUGAGUGCAGCAACGGCAGCCUAGCAGCUGACGCGGCCUCACCCUUUGGCAUGGACAGUCCGUCCGAGGGUGCCACGUCUUCCGCUUUCCCUCCGGAACAGCAACAGCAGCAGCAUGAAGCAACAGCAGCUCUUCCUGUCGGGACGGUUCGCCCCUCGCAACCUCCUGAGGCAGCACCCUUCAGUCCCUCGUACGACGGCGGCGACGGUUCCCGCCUCCAGCCGUUGUCGUCAACAAGACAAGAAUACCUGUCGUGGCCUAGCUUUAGCCGCGACUUUGCAGGCUCCACGUUUUCCUCCUCUCCCGAUUCACCCCACAACCCCAUGCGCGAUGACUGCAGCACCACCGGCCUGCCUGCCUCGGCGUCUGGCGACUCCAUCCUCCGACUGGCGGCGCUGCAAGCGGGACCGCAACCGCCUCCGGAGCCACCGCGGCGCUCGGCGGCUUCAGCGAGCGACGAGGACUUCAUUCCGCUCCCACCGCAACCAGCGUCUGCAUCAUCAGCGCCGCGGGACUACCUAUCCAUCAGUUUUGUCGCCGUCGCCGAGGACGCUGCCGAGGAGGGAACCUACAGCUUUCUGCAAGCGCCGCGUGCGUCAUUGGCACGAGGCAGGCUGCCUCCCAGCAUCCAUUCCGGUUGCGACUCGCCGAGCCUACCGCCCAGCGGCUCCCCAAGUGACCCCACCGUGUCAUCCGUCUCCUCCCUGGACUCCCUUCCAGAAGCUGUGGCGGCGUACGGGUACCCCGUGUUUGGCGGCGCCGCAAGCUCGCUGCUUGCCUCUCCUGCAGGCAGUGCUGGUGGAAGCCAGGCGGGCAGCGAAGAUGGCGGCAAGGCCGAGGACAGCCGCGUGAUGGGCGUGCGGGCCGCAGCAGGGCAUGAUGCAGCCGGCAGCCAGGCGGUACGGCAGCCGUUGCCCAUUCAGAGCGAGCCGCUGCAGCCGGCAUCACCGCCGCCGCCACAAGUGCUGGAGCAUGAGCCAUGGCGCGGUGCCUGGGAUCCGCCCUCCUCGCUACCCGCGUUGCCAGCCAUCCCUGCCUUGCGCGCUGCCACCCGCUCGACAGCUUACCCGCCCGACUCUCCGCCGGGUCCUCCAUCCCAUGCAGCAGGUUUGGGCCCUGAAACCCUUGGCACCACCAACCACACGGGUUCUCCUCCUCCUCCUCCUCCUGCGGGGCAGCACCACCACCACCAGCCGCAACGCAGCGCCCUGAGCCCGAGCAGCCCUGCGCCAAGUCCUCGCCUGGGCUGUGUGGAGCAGGUUCAGGAGGGUGGUUGCUCCCCACCGGCUGCUGCUGGCUACGGGGAGGUCGCGGCGGUUGGGAUGGGUUGGAGCCACGAGGGCAGCCCCCCGCCUGCGGGCGCCGCUGGUCGGAGGAGGCGGUCCAGCGGAGGCGGUGGUCAGUCGGGUGGCGGUGCUUACGCGGGUGCGCUGUCAGAGGAGCAGCUGGCUGGGCUGCUGCUGUGGACUGUGAGUGACUUCUUUUCGUCACCUGGGAGCGGUGAUGAUGGCAGCGAGAGCGGCAGUCCUAGUGGCUUCUAGGGUGCUAGGGUGCGGAUAAUGGGUUGUGUUAGGGAGUCGUCUCCGGGUGUUUGGGUGUUUCACUUGCGGAUGUUCGGCCUUUCCUUCCUUGGCUUAUCAGAGGUAGCAACUCUGUUACUGUAUUGGGAGGCGGGCAUGAUGCGAGUGCGGUUGGCAUGCAACCCUUUCUGAGCCUAUAUACUUCAUGAUGGACUGUUUAUUGAGUGUUACUUUGGGGGGUUUGCAAUCUCCUAUGGCAAAGAAACAUUCAUGUACAUAUGCUCGUGCUCACGGCGGAAAGAACUGGAGGGUGUUAGCCUUUGGAGACGGGGCCCAAAGGACGAGAAUGGGUGCGGGUUCGGAGCACUACACGGCUGGGAACGGCUUUCGGCGCCCCCGUUUGCUCAACACUGAGGGUGUCCUUGUGGGAGGAGGCAAGCGCCCGGUGUAUGUAGCGUAUCGAUUAUGACAGCGGCAUGACAUAUCUACUAAGAAUACUCGCGUUUGGUACACACAUGCAAGUUUGACUUACAGUAACAAAUCCUUAAUUGUUAUGCUCCAAGGAAA